AUGGGAAAAGCAGAAAACGCAUUACAAACUGCAGAGGACAUGAGGGAAUCGAUGUCUAGCAACAUAACUCCAGUUGGAGUGAGAGAGGAAACGCAGGGCACUCGAGGAGUGGACAACAAAUUUUGGGACAUUCCUAAUGACGUCUUUUACAACAUGACACUAUGGGCAGAACAGAAAAAUCUUACUAGGCCAUUCUUUGAUCAUGAAGACGCUGAAAUGACUGCAGACUACGAAUUCCUGUGUCAACCUAAAACACUUAGAUGCAAUCCUGAACCAGAUGCUUUCAACCCUUGUGAAGACAUCAUGGGAUACGACUUUCUUCGAGUAUUGAUCUGGUUUAUCAGCAUACUCGCUAUUGCAGGGAACGCCGUUGUACUUUUUGUUUUACUUACGAGUCAUUAUAAGCUUACCGUUCCUCGCUUUCUGAUGUGCAAUCUCUCCUUUGCAGAUUUUUGUAUGGGGCUUUAUUUAUUACUUAUUGCUUCUGUUGAUUCUAAAACUAAAAGCCAGUAUUAUAACCAUGCUAUUGAUUGGCAGACAGGGAGUGGCUGCAGUGCAGCUGGCUUCUUCACCGUAUUUUCAAGUGAGCUUUCAGUUUAUACACUCACUGUGAUUACCCUUGAGCGAUGGCACACUAUAACAUAUGCAAUGCAACUAGACAGAAAGCUGAGGUUGAGGCACGCUAUCUUGAUUAUGUUGGGCGGCUGGAUAUUCUCCGUUUUAAUAGCACUGCUGCCUCUUUUUGGUGUUAGCAAUUAUAUUAAAGUAAGCAUCUGUCUGCCAAUGGACAUAGAAACGCCCCUUUCCCAAGCAUAUAUAAUAAUCAUUCUAGUCCUUAAUGUAGUAGCUUUCAUUAUUAUUUGUGCCUGUUACAUUAAAAUCUACAUAGCAGUUCAAAACCCAGAACUCGCACCCACAAACAAAGAUACAAAAAUUGCUAAGAAAAUGGCGGUGCUUAUUUUUACUGAUUUUACGUGCAUGGCACCAAUAUCAUUUUUUGCAAUUUCUGCUGCUUUCAAAGUACCGCUUAUCACUGUGACAAACUCUAAAAUAUUACUAGUUUUGUUUUAUCCAGUGAAUUCGUGUGCAAAUCCAUUUUUGUAUGCAAUUUUCACAAAGGCAUUUCGAAGGGAUUUCUUUUUACUUAUGAGCAAGUUUGGUUGUUGCAAGACUCAAGCAGAACUUUAUAGAGUGAACAAUUUUACUGCCUAUACCUCCAACUGCAAAACUGACAGUUUAUACACUGGACCCAAGAAAUCAUCACGUGCCGAUCUACAGUUAGCAUCAUUUGACUGCAAGUAUAUAAAUGUCAACAAUGACAAACCUGGAUGCACAAACAGUUAA